CUGUCAGGUGCGAGGGGAACGGGGCGGAGGUGUCUGACACUAUCCGCCCACUGCAGCUAACCAAAAUGGCGAACUUCACCCCGAUCAACGGCAGCUCCGGCAACCAGUCUGUGCGCCUGGUCACGUCAACCCGGAACCGCUAUGAGACGGUGGAGAUGGUGUUCAUCGCCACGGUGACGGGCUCCCUGAGCCUGGUGACGGUCGUGGGCAACAUCCUGGUGAUGCUGUCCAUCAAGGUCAACAGGCAGCUGCAGACGGUCAACAACUACUUUCUCUUCAGCCUGGCCUGUGCCGAUCUCAUCAUAGGCGCCUUCUCCAUGAACCUGUACACCGUGUACAUCAUCAAGGGCUACUGGCCCCUGGGCGCCGUGGUCUGUGACCUGUGGCUGGCCUUGGACUACGUGGUGAGCAAUGCCUCUGUCAUGAACCUGCUCAUCAUCAGCUUUGACCGGUACUUCUGCGUCACCAAGCCCCUCACCUAUCCGGCCCGGCGCACCACCAAGAUGGCAGGCCUGAUGAUCGCCGCCGCCUGGGUCCUGUCCUUCGUGCUCUGGGCGCCUGCCAUCUUGUUCUGGCAGUUUGUGGUGGGCAAGCGGACUGUGCCCGACAACCAGUGCUUCAUCCAGUUCCUGUCAAACCCUGCGGUGACCUUCGGCACGGCCAUCGCCGCCUUCUACCUGCCCGUGGUCAUCAUGACGGUGCUGUACGUCCACAUCUCCCUGGCCAGUCGCAGCCGGGUUCACAAGCACCGGCCCGAAGGCCCAAAGGAGAAGAAGGCCAAGACCCUGGCCUUCCUCAAGAGCCCCCUGAUGAAGCAGAGCGUCAAGAAACCGCCGCCCCCGGGAGACGCCGCCGCUCGGGCCGAGCUGCGCAACGGGAAGCUAGAGGAGGCCCCUCCGCCCGCGCUGCCACCCCCGCCACGCCCCGUGGCCGACAAGGACACCUCCAAUGAGUCCAGCUCGGGCAGCGCCACCCAAAACACCAAGGAGCGCCCGGCCACAGAGCUGUCAACCACAGAGGCCACCACGCCGGCCACACCCGCACCCCCCCUCCAGCCACGGACCCUCAACCCAGCCUCCAAAUGGUCCAAGAUCCAGAUUGUGACGAAGCAGACGGGCAACGAGUGCGUGACAGCCAUCGAGAUCGUGCCUGCCACGCCGGCUGGCAUGCGCCCGGCGGCCAACGUGGCCCGGAAGUUUGCCAGCAUCGCCCGCAGCCAGGUGCGGAAGAAGCGGCAGAUGGCGGCCCGGGAGCGCAAGGUGACGCGGACCAUCUUCGCCAUCCUGCUGGCCUUCAUCCUCACCUGGACGCCCUACAACGUCAUGGUCCUGGUGAACACCUUCUGCCAGAGCUGCAUCCCCGAGACCGUGUGGUCCAUCGGCUACUGGCUCUGCUACGUCAAUAGCACCAUCAACCCGGCCUGCUACGCCCUCUGCAACGCCACCUUUAAAAAGACCUUCCGGCACCUGCUGCUCUGCCAGUAUCGGAACAUCGGCCCUGCCAGGUAGGCAGGCAGGGGUGCCCCUGGAGGUGCUGGUGCGUGUGCGGGCGACCACGUGGCUUGGGGGAUGCCCAGGAGAGAUUUGGAGGCACUUCUCAGCGUUCACGUUCUCCGAAGAGAACUGAGGUCCCCGAGACUCCGCGAGGCUCAGAAGAGGCUCUGGCUGGAUUCCGAGACCAGGUCUCUGCUCAGGCCAAGGAUCAGCCCCAGGAGGUGACUGAGCCGGACGGUCCGACCCAUCUCUGUGGUCCUGCCUCAGGGAGCUGGGGGGCACUGGCCUACGUGGGCACCUUGCCCCACUGUGACUGCCCAGUGUGGCUGGAAGAAGGGACAUCUGGAGGGGAGCAGAGCCUCCUUUGGGAGGAGCAAGAGGGCCAAUGGCUGGGAAAGGAGACUCAGGAAGGGAAUGGAAGGGGAGGGACCCCUAUUCUGCUGUAACCGGUGCUUUCUGCCCCCGACACCCCCGCAUGUAGGCUCCGUCCCUCCUCCUAAAUCCCACUCCAGGGGCAGAGACUCCCCUUGCUGCAGCUACUCAG